AUGUCUAAGCUUUUGGCAGUAUGUCUAAGCAAUUUGUGGACCCAACGUUUCACCUUUGGCCGUAUGGGUUUGGAGCUACGUCCUCCACGGAAUAGUAUGGGCCGUAUACUCUACUCUCCGUUCAUUUAUAUCAUCAUGGUGGUGGCAACGAGUUUUGAAUUCUGCACCGUUUGUGCCUUUAUAGUGGAACAUCGUAGCGAUAUUGUACUCUGUUCGGAGGCCUUAAUGCAUGGCGUUCAGAUGAUUUCAUCAAUUUUGAAAAUGACAAUAUUCGUUUAUAGGUCCCAAGGGCUAGUACAACUAAUCGAAUUGAUAGAGCAACCAUUUAUCAAAGAUAAUGAUCGAGCAGCGGAAACUGAAGUGGAGCAGAAUUUAUGGCAUUUGCAAAAUCGUCGAGGACAAUUGUUGGCCUUCAUCUAUUUCAUGAUGUGUGCCGGCACCAGUGUUUCGUUCCUUCUGAUGCCAGUGACCAUGACCAUGUGGCAUUAUUAUAGCCAUGGUUUAUUUCAGCCGAGUAGUUCGUUUCGCGUUAGUCUGCCGUACGAUGUAACUCAACCAUAUAUCUAUAUAUUGGAUUGUUUCCUGAUGAUGUUCGUAUUGACAUUCUUUUGCUGUUCCACAACCGCUGUGGAUACAUUGUAUGGUUGGUUUGUCUUUGGCCUAACUGCCCAUUAUCGUCGUUUGGGUGUGCAUUUGGAGCGGCUUGAGGAUUUCCGUAGUGAGCAUUUGAAACCGAUUUUCCAUGAACAUGCCCAUUUACUUGGCCUGGUGCAACGCUUCAAUUUGGCCUUUCGUGAUAUUGCCUUUGUCGAGGUACUCUUAAUCUGUGUGCUCUACUGUUCGGUUAUCUGUCAGUAUAUAAUGCCGCAUGUAAAUCAAAAUUUCGCCUUUUUGGGUUUCUUUUCGAUGGUGGUGACCACUCAAUUAUGUAUCUAUGGUUUCGGUGCGGAGCAAGUGCGUCAUGAGGCCGAUCAGUUUGCCCUGAAAUUGUAUCAACAGUUACCUUGGCAUAGCCUAAACGUCAAAGAGCGUCGUUUGCUCCUGCUGCCCAUGCAAAGGGCCCAAAAGGAAACUAUUCUUGGUGCUUACUUCUUUCUUUUGGGUAGGCCACUUCUAGUCUGGAUCUUUCGUACAGCCGGAUCUUUUACCACUCUGCUGAAUGCCCUAAGAGCUCAAUAUGAAAAGGCAUAA